UUCAAAUUUGUUAUUAAAAGAGGCAGUUGGAAGAUUAAAAAAGUUAAUUUACAGAUACUUCUCUUGAAUGAUUCACCAAUAGUGAAAGCGUAUUCAGCCUACAUUACCAUUUGGAAAAGUCAUUACUUACCCUGUGUCUUAUGAAGUACUGGCACUUGUUCUGCUUGGAUGCUGUUCAAGUAAAGCAAAAGAUCAAGAUCUAUAGAGAAUCAUAUAACUAUAUCAGAAAGCAGUGAAAAAAUGUCUGACCAUAGUGAAAGUGGGAGUGAGGGUGGUAAUACAAAUGACAUUUGUCGGGAUUUUCUGCGCAAUGUUUGCAGGCGUGGUAAACGGUGCAGAUACCGACACCCAGGAGAGCAAGAAACAACUGAAUUUAAGAAAAUAUCAGAGUACACAUUCUGUCAUGAUUUCAAAAACAAUGGUUGCAGACGACCAACUUGUGCAUUUCUCCACUGUACAAGGGAGGAAGAAGAGCAUGCUAGAUCAACAGGUGAGCUUCCGCCACGUGUUCUGCAAGCUGCCUCGCUUGGCAUCGGUGUGAAUCAUGCAGAAAUGGUGGCUAAAGGUCGUGUUCCUAUAUGUAAGGAUAAUUUGAAAGGUAGUUGUCAACGUGGCGAUCAGUGUAAAUAUCGUCACAUAUCAAGUGCGGAAUAUGAAUUUUUACAGCGAAAAUCAGAAGGAAGGGAAGUUUUUAAUAAAGAAGUUUUUAAUAAGGACCCAAGAAUUGAUAGGUUCGAGUUUGAACCUGAAGUGAGCAUAAAACGCAGGAGACUUGAUCCAGAGUUUUCAAAUGAUGGAUUUAGAUCUUUUGAGAGUAGAUACCCACAGCUUUCACCAAAUUCAAAGCCACGUAGCUAUCAGCUGCUUGAAGACGAGAAUGCAAUGUUGAGAAAGAAAGUGGAUGAGCUGAAAAAGCAAGUUGCAGACCUCACAGCAACUAACGAGGUACUCUUGGAGCAAAACGCACGCUACAGAGUGAGUAAAACCAGUAUAUUGCAGACAUUAAACUCCGCUGGUGUUCAGGCUGCACUGCAAGCUUCAUCCUUGAAUCAUUUAAAUAACAGCCUAGCACAGCAAAUAGCGCUGAGCAAUGACUUGUCCACUAUAACGCAGCAGCAGCAACAAGCUUUACAACAGCGAAUGGUCCAUGAGGUGAUAGCUGCUUCCCAAGGCCCAGGGGGGCAGUGCAGCAUUGCAGCACCUCAGACGCUCAACACCGCUACCCUGUCAAUGAACCCGCCUGUGAUUGUACCCAUCUCUCUCCCGCAAACAAUGUCUGGCCUGCAACCAUCCAAUAACCAGAGCCUAGCCCAGAGUAUCGAUAUUAAUGGCUCACUGGUCUCCUACCCUAUUGUUUCGCAAGGGCUGAGAAUGACUGCGAGUAGUCUAGCCCACUGACAGUGACUGUUCACUCUGUAAUGUUGCCUGCUAUUUACUUCCCUGGUGAUUUCAAGCAUGUCUGCACACAGGAAAAUGAUUGGGAUCCCAUGCCGAAAGCUGCCACACCUGGCCAGUUGGAUGAGCCCUGGGUCGUGACACAUCUGGUAUCCAGUCCAAAAGGGAUGAACAUCCUUAGUGAUAUGGACAUUGUCCAUCUCUGGGCACAGUAAAAUGCUUCUAUGAAUAUGCCUUAUUCAUCCAGAUAUGUUGUAUUUUUUCUGGCUAUAAUAUAUGGCGUUAUUCUGCCUAACACAUAUUUAUGCCCCCCUUCGAAGAAGAGGGGGUAUAUUGCUUUGCUCAUGUCGGUCUGUCGGUCAGUCGGUCUGUCGGUCGGUCUGUCUGUCCACCAGGUGGUUGUCAUACGAUAAUUCAACAACGCUUGGGCCUAGGAUCAUGAAACUUCAUAGGUACAUUGAUCAUGACUCGCAGAUGACCCCUAUUGAUUUUGAGGUCACUAGGUCAAAGGUCAAGGUCACGGUGACUCUAAAUAGUAAAGUGGUUUUUUGAAUGAUAAUUCAAGAAUGCAUACGCCGCCAACAGGGCACACUCUGAACAAUAUUACUGAAGCAACUGGUCUGUAAUCCUAAAUCUAUAAUUAUCAGUCCAAUGAAACAUCAUCCUUUUAGUAAAAUACAGUGGAUCAGUAAAAAUAUUAUCAGAAUAUGAGAUUUUUUGUAUAUUUUGUAUAUUAAAUAUUGUGUUAAUGUUUAAUUUUGUUGAUUAAUAUAAAUAUAAGCAGGACAGGGGAGUUAAUACACUACAGGGGAAACAAAUGCAAUAAGUUUAAAUUUAUUGUUACAGAUUUGCCUCCCUUGUAAUAUAUUUAAAUUUUACCAAAUGUAAGGCUAACUGCAUUUUUGUAAUGCAUACUACUACUACUACUACUACUUCUACUACUACUACUAAUACUACUAGUACUGCUACUACUGCUGCUGCUGCUGCUGCUGCUGCUGCUGCUGCUACUACUACUACUACUUCUUCUACUAAUACUACUACUACUACUACUACUACUACUACUACUACUACUACUACUACUACUACUACUACUACUACUUCUACUACUACUACUACUACUACUACUACUACUACUACUACUACUACUUCUACUACUACUACUACUACUACUACUACUAUUUCUUCUGCUACCACCACCACCACCUACUACUACUACUACUCUAUUACUACUACUACUACUCUAUUACUACUACUACUACUACUACUACUACUACUACUACUACUACUACUACUACUUCUACUACUACUACUACUACUACCACCACCACCACCACCACCACCACCACCACCACAAAAAACGUAUUCACACAAUGGCUGCUACUACAACUUAUAGCCCAUAUAGGGGGGCAUGCAUGUUUUACAAACAGCCCUUGUUAUGCAUUCAGUUAAAAUACUUAGACAGUACAACUGUGCAUGCUUGGACAGGAUACGCUUAUCUGACGAGAUAAUCUGUUUUGUUUUAAAGCUGAUGUUUUAGGUCAUCCUAAAAACGACUUGUAGGGCCUUGAAAAGGGGCCAUGGAUUGAUUCCUAUCUGGCUUGUUACAUUCAGAGGUUUUACUUGAUCAGAUUUUCAAGAAGUAUUGUUAGGUUUCUAUGAACAAAUAACAACAGACAAAAUCUAUUAUGGUCUGUAUAACAUUGGUCUUUACAAGCAUUUCAAAGCUAAAACCUGAAAACAACUUCAUAUUGUCAGACAUGGUAAACAAGUCAGGUAUAUGUACUUUGUUAAGUGUUGCAAUUAAAACAAAUCCAUAAGCACAUCAGAACAUGUCAGGUACUUUGUUUAUUGUUACAUUUAACAUGACACGUUUUUAGCUCACAUGAAUAGUGAUCUAUUGUGAUCACUCUAUGUCCGGCAAAUUAUCAUCUGAGUCAUAUAUGUCCAAAAAACAGGUCACCAGGUCCAAUCUUGGAAAAACAUUGUAACCAAUUUAUUGGCAACCUUAUUAGUUCAAUCUUUAUGGAACCUUGGUCUAAAUUUUCAUUUUGGCAAUGCUUAGGCCAUUUUUGAAUCUGGGUCCUAUGCAUAAAAACUCAGUCACCAGGUAAUAUAUCUUUAAAAAAUCUUGUUACCACUCUAAAUGAUACAUUUAUUACUCAAUCUUUAUUCAACUUGGUAAGCAUGUUUAUCUUGACAAUACUUUGACCAAGUUUGAACCUUGGUCACAUGACUCAACAAACUUGGGCACAAGCGCUGUAUAAGCAAUAUUUAUUUCUUAGUCUUGAUGAAACUUGGUCAAAAUAUUUAUUUUGUUUGAAUCAGGGUUAAGUGUGGUAGAAAACUAGAUAACCUGGUCAAGACGUCAGCAGUUGGUGUCUGUGACUCAGGUGAAUGCUUAAGGGCCUACAUGGCCUUCUUGUUGUACACAAUUCAAAGGCAUAGUAGAACAUGUCUUGUACUUGGAUCAAUGAUACUAUCUAAAGUCGCGUUCUGAGAAAACUGGACAUAAUGCAUGUGCGUAAAGUGUCGUCCCAGAUUAGCCUGUGCGGAUUGCAGGGACGACACUUUCCGCCUAAAUUGGAUUUUUGCUAAGAAGAGACUUCAUUUAAACAAAAAAUGUCAUAAAAGCGGAAAAUGUCGUCCUUGAUUAGCCUGUGCGGACUGCACAGGCUAAUCUGAGACGACACUUGACGCACAUACAUUAAACCCAGUUUUCUCAGAUCACGACUCAUAUGCUUAGCAGGCUUCAAUACAGAAUGACAGAAAGUGAGACCGGUUAUGAUGGAAACUUGUUGACUUGUGUAUGAAUGAAGCAAAGUGUGGGGAAACAUGUUUUGUUAUCAAUGUUCAUUUGUUUGGGGUACUAGAUUUUUGUUUUUAUCUGAUUUAAAUAAUGAAUACACAGUUGUGUUUUCUGUGUUUCUGAGAAUUUAUUCAACAAUAAGGAUCAAUUAAAAUUGAGUUUGUUGGAUAUAUAUUUUGUAUUGUUGUUGUUUAAACCCUGUAUUAUUCUGUUUGAAUAUACUGUCUGUUUUGAGUGUUAUUUGAUGUGAAUUAUCCAUGAUUGUUCCCUAUGAUUGGUUGACAUUUUAUUUAUACCUUUAGACAUUUUAAGCUCACCUGAGCACAACGUGCUCUUGGUGAGUUUUUGUGAUCGCCUUUUGUCCGUCGUGCGUCGUGCGCCGUCAACAAUUGCCUUGUUAACUCUCUAGAGGCCACAUUCAAUGUCCAAUCUUCCAGAAAUUUGGUCAGACAAUUGGUCUCAGUGAUAUCUUGGAUGAGUUCGAAAAUGGUAACGUUUGCUUUAAAAACAUGGCUGCCAAGGGGCGUGGCAUUUUUCCAUAUAUGGCUAUAUAUGGCUAUAGUAAAAUCUUGUUUACACUCUAGAGACCACAUUUAUUGCCAAAUCUACAUGAAACUUGGUCAGAAGAUUUAUCCCAAUAAUAUCUUGGACGAGUUCGAAAAUGAAAACAAUGCCGGUUGGUUGAAAAACACGGCCGCCAGGGGGCGGGGCAUUUUUCCUUAUAUGGCUUAAGUAAAACAUUGUUAACACUCUAGAGGCCACAUUUAUUUUCCGAUCUUCAUGAAACUUGCUCAGAUGAUUUGUCCCAAUGAUAUCUUGGUUGAGUUUUAAAAUGGUAACCUUUGCUUGAAAAACAUGUCUGCCAAGGGGCGGGGCAUUUUUCCUUAUAUGGCUAUAUAUGGCUAUAGUAAAAUCUUGUUUACACUCUAGAGGCCACAUUUAUUGUCCGAUCUUCACGAAACUUGGUUAGGACAUUCAUCCAAAUGAUAUCCUGGACGAGUUCGAAAAUGAUGCCGGUUGGUUGAAAAACAUGGCCGCAAGGCAUUUUUCCUUAUAUGGCUAUAGGUAAACCUUGUUAACACUCUAGAGGCCACAUUUAUUUUCGGAUCUUCAUGAAAGUUGAUCAGAAGAUUUUUCCAAAUGAUAUCUUGGAUGAGUUCAAAAAUGGUUUUGGUUGCUUUAAACUUUUGGACAACAAAUGUGGCUAUAGUAAAACCUUGUUAACACUCAAGAGGCCACAUUUAUUCUCCAAUCUUCAUGAAACUUGGUCAGAAGAUUUGUCCCAAUAAUAUCUAAGGUGAGCGACUUUGGGCCUUUCAGGCCCUCUUGUUUAGGUACAUUUACUGGUGUUUAUGUAAACUGUCACUGUGGCUGGUUCAUGCCAACCCACCAGAUCUUAUAAAAUGCAAAUGGGCUGUGCUCUGUGAAAAAGGGGUUUUAUGCAUGUGCGUAAAGUGUCAUCCCAGAUUAGCCUGUGCAAUUCACACAGGCUAAUCAGGAACGACACUUUCCACUUAAAAUGAAUUUUUGCUGGAAAGAGACUUUCUGUGAACGAAAAAUACCACAAAAGCGGAAAGUGUCGUCCCUGAUCCUGAUUAGCCUGUGCAGACUGCAAAGGCUAAUCUGAGACGACACUUUACGCACAUGCAUUAAACCUCUUUUUCACAGAGCACGGCCCAAAUGUUUUGUUCAAAGUCUGUUUUGGUAUUUCAUGUUGUUAAAACCUAUUAUUUUAUCGUUAUAUGUAUAUCAGUUUUGGUGAUGUCAUUUGCUUCUUCAAUUUAAAUUAUUUACAUACAAUUUUAAAAAUAACAAUUGCACCUAUUAUUCAUCUACUAUUAUUGUUUAUAUUUACAGUAAUUGGCGUCAAUUGCAAGACUUUAAUCACAUUAAUGUGCGGUUUUUAAAUCAAUACGUUCCAGAUAAGUUUUUCUUCCCAUCUAUAUCAUGAGAACUCACACUAUAAUGAUGUCUAAAGUUCAGUUUAAAUCCUGAAUAAACAACUUCAUAAUAUGCAUCGAAUAAUGAAUACUUAGAAAAAAAGUUAGAAAAAAUGUUCAGAAACACUUACAUUAAAAAAUGAUAUAAAAUUGUUGACGAUAUGUUCAUUUAUAAACAUUUCUAAUGGCAUGCGAGUUUUACUGUAUUAUAUAAAAUUCUUAUUGUUCAAAGAACUUUCAGAGCAACAUGGCAGUUUCAGAUAAUAUUACAAAUAUAUUGUACCUUUAGUGCUGUUUGUAAAAACAUACCUUACCUUAUAAUUAUUAUUAUCACCAAUGGAUCACUACCUUGAUUGUUAAUAGCUGUUCAUAGUUUACAAUUUGAAAAUUUAUUAAUUAUAAUGUUAAAUUUGUUGAGUGCAAACAAUUAAUGUUAAAUGUUUAAAAAUGACUAAAGUGUGAUGUGUGCAUGUGAACUAAAGAAAAUUAAAA